GCACCCAGGAGAGCCCGGAAAAGAGCAGAAGGCGGAGCCAGCUCCAACGUCUUCUCCAUGUUCGAUCAGUCCCAGAUCCAGGAGUUUAAAGAGGCUUUCACCAUCAUGGACCAGAACCGGGAUGGCUUCAUCGACAAGGAGGACCUGAGGGACACCUUUGCUGCCCUGGGCCGCAUCAAUGUAAAGAACGAGGAGCUGGAGGCCAUGGUGAAGGAGGCCCCCGGGCCCAUCAACUUCACCGUCUUCCUGACCAUGUUUGGGGAGAAGCUGAAGGGUACGGACCCGGAGGAGACCAUUCUCCACGCCUUCAAUGUGUUCGACACUGAAGGGAAAGGUCUCGUCAAGGCUGAUUUCAUCAAAGAGAAGCUCAUGACGCAGGCAGACCGCUUCAGUGAGGACGAGAUCAAGCAGAUGUUUGCUGCCUUCCCGCCAGAUGUGUGUGGCAACCUGGACUAUAGGAACCUGUGUUACGUCAUCACGCAUGGCGAAGAGAAGGACUAA